AUGCUUUCAGGUGAAGCAUGGGGCACUGACGGACUUGACGAACGGAUACUUUUGAUUUCGACAUUAGCGACUACAAAUCGAACUAGACAUGUCUAUCUUCCGAUGGCAAGUAUCUCCUUUGCAGAGCGUCUAGAUCACGGACCCUUGUCGCUGUUAUCAUCGGCAGCAUCGAAACGGGGGAUGAUUAAGCAAAAAUUCUGUGCGUAUUUGUACGCUCGUUGCGAGCACAGCAGUCGUGAGCUGAUGUAUGAUCUGCUUAACGCUCGUCGACCCGUGGAGGCUCUUGGAAAGUGUGCGGGGUCUUCACGACCUCCUGAUUUCACCAAAUUGGUCUCACGUCAAGCCAUGUUCUACAACGAUGAUGCAGUGCGUCGAUACGCGCCGUACAAGUUCGUGAUUGCUUUUGAAAACACUCGAUCGCCUGGAUACGUCACGGAGAAGUUGGUGAACGCAUUCCUUGCGGGUAGUGUGCCAAUCUAUCUGGGAGACUCGGCAACUGUGUCACAACUAUUCAAUCCUGCAAGCUUCAUUGAUUGUGGCCGCUUUGACAGCCUUCAACUCUGCGCCGAGUACGUUUUACAGCUGGAUGACUCGCCCGAGUUGUAUAACCGGAUGCGCCAAGAGCGACCGGUGACGAACAAGACGUCAUUUAAUCUGGCGUUCUCGUGGCAUCCUGCUCUAUCCAACCGAUUUAUGGCAGACGUUAUGCUUCAGCACUUCUCUGCCUAA